CGGGCUAAGGACGGCUUCUUUCUCGGCGAAGCUGCUGCUGCUGCGGCUGGCGCGCAGCUGCCAACUCGGAAUCCCCAUGGAAGUUCCACAACUGCCGUGAGCGGAAAAAUAAUCCGGCCGCCAGCAACACUUCAAAGUUUGGCUGUGGUCCAGAGGACUAUGGGGAACCAGCUGGCCCCAGUGCCCCCUUUCAUGCCCCACUUGCAGGCCCUACAUGUGGUGGUGGUUGGGCUGGAUGCAGCCGGCAAAACAUCGCUGCUGUACCGCUUGAAGUUCCAGGAGUUUGUCAAGAGCGCGCCCACGAAGGGCUUCAACAUGGAGAAGAUCCGGGUGCCACUGGGCGGUUCACGCGCCAUCACUUUCCAGGUGUGGGAUGUGGGCGGCCAGGAGAAGUUGCGCCCCCUCUGGAAAUCCUACAUGCGCCGCACGGAUGGAGUCGUGUUUGUGGUGGACUCUUCGGAGGCCGAGCGGCUGGAGGAGGCCCGCGUGGAGUUGCACAAGAUCGCCCGCUCCUCGGAAAACCAGGGCGUCCCCAUGUUGGUGCUGGCCAACAAGCAGGAUGUGGUCCAGGCCCUCUCCGUAGCCGAGGUGGAGAAGUUCCUCGGCUUGCACGAACUUUGCGCCUCCACCUCGAACCACAUCCAGGGCUGCAGCGCUGUCACUGGCCAGGGCCUUCAGCAAGGCCUGGAGAAACUCUACGAAAUGAUUCUCAAGCGCAAAAAAGUCCUUCGCACCAGCAAGAAGAAGCGCUGAGAAACUGGGGGUGUGAGAUCACCCGUGGGGGAUUCAGACAUUUUGCACCCGGACCUCAGUUUGUUGACAACCCGGGACAUUGUUUCGGAGCAAUACAAGGUUGCAAACCAAACAGUUUCCUCUUUGUUGGACUCUUCUUUUUGGACUUACGAAUUGUGGAGCAUUUGUGCCCUCGUUUUUGUAUUUUUAAUGUUUUGAACCGCCCUGUGAUCUUUGGAUGGUGGGCAGUAUGCAACUUGAAUAAAUAAUAGGGACAAUACAUGCCAUAGGCAGUAAGAAAGCAUCUUGGCAGGCUGCUCUGCCCUGGAUUCCCUGGGAGGCUAGUAGUUUGGGGAGAAAGGGGAAAUUUCCCAAAGAGGUGGAAGUCUGUCAUGCG